AUGCAGAACUGCGGAGGCGGCUCCGUCGGCGGCGUCGGGGCCCGGAGAGCCUUUGACAGUAUCUGUCCCAAUAGGAUGCUGGAUCUUUCCAGCCGGCAGCUCAGGAAGCAGGAGAAGUUGGAGAAGAAGUUCGUGCCCCCGCGGAAGCUCUUUGAGAGCAGCAGCCCCAUCUCUAUUUACACCGACCCCCCGGAGGCGGAGCUGGCAGGUUUGCCAGCCUUGACUACGAUUGACUGGCAGGAUUUCGCGGAUUGCUCCUCACUCCUGCAUGAAGAAAGCUCCCCCAGCUGUGAUGCUGCGGUGUCACAGAGCCACUGUCCACAAACAGAACCACAGUUUGAUCUGCAGGAUUUCAGGGAUGCAGUGGACAAUCUCAUAUCAGACCCAUCGUCUUUGAUGUCAUCUCCCAUGGGUCCUGAAGACUUUUCCUUCCCUUCCUGCGACGUCUCAUCCUUCGGUUCCUGCAUUUCUCCCCAGCCGGAGCACCCUGUGCCUCGCAUGAGCAUUCAAGGUGUUCCUCAUCCGGAGCAGUACUGGAAGGAAGUGGCCGACCAGAACCAGAAAGCCCUGGGAGAUGCCCUGGUAGAAAAUAAUCAACUGUACGUGACACUGACCCAGAAGCAGGAGGAGAUCGCGUCCUUGAAAGAAAGGAACAUUCAGCUGAAGGAGCUGGCCAGCAGGACUCGACACCUGGCUUCUGUCCUUGAUAAGCUGAUGAUCACCCAGGCCCAGGACUGCAGGGCUGCUCCGGAGCCCUUCCUGCUCAAAGCUUCUGCUAAGAGGAGCCUGGAGGAGCUGCUCACAGUCAGCGGCCAGGACUGCGCCGAAGUGGACGCGAUCCUGCGGGAGAUCUCGGAGCAGUGCGAUGCAGCUCUGCAGAGCCGGGACACCAAGCGGCCUAGGCUGCAGCCCGGAGGUCCGGGCACUGCCGGUCCGCCGCCGGCGCCCCUGCACGGGGCCUUCCGCGGGCUGCGGGCGGACUGCAGCCAGGGAUCCCUGAACCUGAGCCAUAGCGAGCUGGAGGACGGUGGCUCCUUCAGCACUCCGAUUCGGGACCACUGCACUAUCCGCACUCUGGCGUUCCCCCAGGGCAACGCCUUUACUAUACGGACAGCCAGCGGAGGCUACAAGUUCCGCUGGGUGCCCAGCUGA